CUUACCGUCAUCUUCCGUCUCUCCAUGGCCACCUCGGUUGCUCGCAUUUUUGCGCGUCGCUUCCAUGUCUCCGCCCGGAGACUCGCGCUGUCACCCUUUAAUAUGCCUGCAAUGAGUCCUACUAUGUCAGAAGGGGGAAUUGCGUCGUGGAAGAAGAAGGAAGGUGAAUCGUUUUCCUCAGGUGAUGUUCUGUUGGAGGUGGAAACGGACAAGGCCACAAUUGAUGUUGAAGCCCAGGACGACGGUAUUCUUGCAAAAAUCAUGGUCCAAGACGGCACGAAAGGGGUCCAAGUGGGUACCCCCAUCGCAAUCAUUGGAGAAGAAGGUGAUGACCUGUCCGGCGCUGCUGGCGCUGCGGCGAAGGCCACCUCUUCUUCAAAACCUAAAGAGGCGAAGCCCACUGAAUUGCCCAAGUCCAAAUCUACUCCGAAGAUUGAAUUUUCACCGAAAACAAAGGAAGAAGUCAAGGCUGACCUUCCUUCCGGGGACCGAAUUUUUGCUUCUCCCAUCGCAAAGAAAAUUGCUCUCGAGCGUGGUAUUCCACUGUCAAAGGUCAAAGGAACUGGACCUUCUGGUCGCAUCAUUCGCGAGGACGUCGAAAGUUAUCAGCCAUCCACCGCCACUCCAACGGUUAGCCAACCCCCAGCAGCUGCCGUCCCAGACUAUGUGGACACACCCGUCUCAAAUAUGCGCCGCACCAUUGGCACCCGCCUGACGCAGUCCAAGCAAGAACUUCCUCAUUACUAUGUUACAGUCGAUAUUAAGAUGGACAAGGUUCUCAAGCUGCGCGAAGUCUUUAACAAGACCCUGGCCGACAAAGGUGCAAAGCUAAGCGUCAAUGACUUUGUCGUCAAGGCGGUCGCUUGUGCCCUAGCCGAUGUUCCAGAGGCAAACUCCGCUUUCCUUGGAGAAGUUAUUCGGACAUACAAGAAGGCGGAUGUUUCUGUUGCUGUUGCCACUCCUUCUGGUCUUAUCACACCCAUUAUCAGAGAUGUAGGCGCCAAAGGCUUGGCCACUAUUUCUACUGAGGCCAAAGGCCUUGUGAAGAAAGCACGCGAUGGAAAACUCGCACCGUCAGACUAUCAGGGUGGUACAUUCACGGUUUCUAACCUCGGCAUGUACGAUGUUUCUCAUUUUACCGCCAUUAUCAAUCCUCCUCAAUCGUGCAUUCUUGCCGUUGGUUCCACACAAGCUACCAUCGUCCCUGCACCCGAGGAAGAGCGUGGCUUCAAGACGGCACAGAUCAUGAAGGCGACGUUGAGUUCUGACCAUCGGACAGUUGAUGGAGCGGUUGCGGCGAGAUGGAUGUCGGCUUUCAAAGGAUAUCUCGAAAAUCCCUUGACAUUCAUGCUGUAAAUCGGUUGUUCAUGUUGAGAGAGCCCUGUUAUUCUACGUCGUCUUCAUUUAUUUAGAUUUUUCUGACCUCGUACCACUCCCUUUUGAACCCGCCGUGUUAAUCUUUUGCAAAGCUACUGGU